GCUGAGCAGAGGAAGGGGGAGGGCGCUGCUGUCGCUCCGGCCGGCUGUCAAUACCAUCACUUCAUCAAGAUGAGUAAUAGUCACCCACUCCGUCCUUACACAGCUGUGGGGGAAAUUGACCAUGUUCACAUUUUGUCAGAGAAUGUUGGCGGUCUGAUGAAUGGGGAGGAGUAUAGUGAUGUUACCUUUAUUGUAGAAAAGAAACGUUUUCCUGCACAUAGAGUGAUUCUGGCUGCUAGAUGUCAUUAUUUCAGAGCAUUAUUAUAUGGUGGAAUGAGAGAAUCUCAGCCUGAAGCAGAAAUCCCUCUUCAGGAUACCACUGCAGAAGCAUUUACAAUGCUGCUGAAAUAUAUAUACACAGGCCGUGCUACAUUAAGAGAUGAGAAGGAAGAGGUACUCCUGGAUUUCCUGAGCCUGGCUCACAAAUAUGGAUUCCCAGAAUUGGAGGAUUCCACCUCUGAGUAUCUUUGCACCAUACUUAAUAUUCAGAAUGUUUGUAUGACCUUUGAUGUUGCCAGUCUCUACUCACUCCCUAAACUGACUUGUAUGUGCUGUAUGUUUAUGGAUAGAAAUGCUCAAGAGGUGCUCUCCAGUGAAGGCUUUCUGUCACUUUCUAAGGCUGCUCUUCUAAAUGUUGUCCUGAGGGAUUCAUUUGCAGCACCUGAGAAGGAUAUUUUCCAGGCUUUGAUGAACUGGUGUAAACAUAACCCCAAGGAGAAUCAUGCUGAAAUCAUGCAGGCAGUACGCUUACCCCUGAUGAGUCUGACAGAACUACUAAAUGUUGUAAGACCUUCUGGAUUGCUGUCGCCUGAUGCCAUUCUGGAUGCCAUUAAAGUUCGUUCUGAAAGUCGGGACAUGGACCUCAACUACAGGGGCAUGCUAAUACCAGGUGAGAACAUUGCAACUAUGAAAUAUGGAGCGCAGGUUGUAAAAGGGGAGCUGAAGUCUGCUUUGCUAGAUGGGGACACACAGAAUUACGACUUGGAUCAUGGUUUUUCCCGACACCCGAUUGAUGAUGACUGCCGUUCUGGCAUUGAAAUUAAACUAGGUCAGCCAUCGAUAAUCAACCACAUAAGAAUACUACUCUGGGACAGAGAUAGCCGGUCUUAUUCCUACUACAUUGAGGUGUCCAUGGACGAGUUAGACUGGAUCCGCGUGAUCGAUCACUCUAAAUAUCUUUGUCGGUCCUGGCAGAAGCUGUAUUUUCCUGCCCGUGUCUGCAGGUACAUCCGAAUAGUUGGCACCCACAACACAGUGAACAAAGUUUUCCAUAUUGUGGCAUUUGAAUGCAUGUUUACCAACAAAACCUUCACUCUUGAGAAAGGUCUUAUAGUUCCCACUGAAAAUGUUGCAACAAUUGCAGACUGUGCCAGUGUGAUUGAGGGUGUAAGUCGAAGUCGCAAUGCCUUGUUGAAUGGAGAUACAAAGAAUUAUGACUGGGAUUCCGGGUACACAUGUCAUCAGCUAGGCAGUGGUGCUAUUGUGGUACAGCUAGCACAGCCAUUCAUGAUUGGAUCAAUACGGUUACUUCUCUGGGACUGCGAUGAUCGGAGCUAUAGUUACUACAUUGAGGUUUCCACUAAUCAGCAGCAAUGGACCAUGGUGGCUGAUAGAACAAAAGUUUCCUGCAAAUCUUGGCAAGCGAUAACUUUUGACAGACAACCUGCAUCGUUCAUCAGAAUAGUUGGAACUCACAACACAGCUAAUGAGGUGUUUCACUGUGUGCAUUUUGAGUGUCCAGCACAAAACAAUGCCCACAAGGAAGAGGGUAAUGAGGAAGUGGCGACAACAGAACUGGGCACUGGCACACAACAGAUUGUUUCUCGCCCAGUUCGAGCCUCAAGCACCAGUUCUCUGCACUCCCUCACUGGAUCCACCUCACGUACACAUGCUCACCAACCAUAAAGGAGAGGGGAACGGAGCUUUUGCAGUCUCCAUGAUGCUAUAUGAAAUUAUUCACAACCUUCUUGUACAGGCACCUUUUUUCUUGUUCUCUCAGUGAACAAAGGGGACCAUGCCUGGCAGCUGGAAAUGUUGAAAUGGAAAAGGCUUUCCAAGGACACAAAGGGGCUGCUUCACUCUCUUCAAUUUGUUCAAAUCAGGCUUUGUCUCCGGGGGGAUAAAAUAGGUCUUCAAUCUAUAUCAAGUCCCCCAUUAACACCCUACCUCUCUAAUCUAACCAAGGAAAGGAGAAUGGAAAGAAAUAAAAGGCAGAGUCACAUUGGAAUACAAAAAUGGCAUAUGAACAGUAGACUGGAAGGAAUAUAAAUUAAUUAUUUGUUACCUGAAGGCACCUAUUAGGAAAUAGAAUGUUUAUCUUUAUGGCAUCACUAUGGAAAAUAGAUUGUUUUUAUUUUUUUAAAUUAUUCUUAAUCCAUAUUAAUUGGUAAAUUAUAAGCUGUUUUCUAAAUCAUUUUGACUCAGUGUCUGACUUUUCCCUUAUUUCUGGCUGUAGAUACAUACAGUACAAUAGUUUAGGGAAGUAACAGACAUGUAUAUCACCUGGUAUGACAAGGAAAAAACCCUCAUGAUAAAAACAAAUCAAUUUAUGGAUCCUGUAUUUAAUUCUGACUUUACUUGAAUUGUUGAGUUACAAAAUUGUCAUUUUUUAUCUAUGUUCCAAGUUGCAAAUUCCUAGUCAAGCUUCCAACUUGACAAGCAGAUAACUGUCUGCUUAAUUUAAAGAUGAUUCUUCAAGUUUUACUUAAAUUUCUACAAAAAUUAUUGUAAUUUUUCAAAUUUGUUGUUUGUGUUUAGAAAAGCAGAAUUACAGCUGACGGUUGACAUGCUGCUGGUCAGACUCAGCAAUACAAAAAUGAGAAUUUGCAGUCAAAAAAUUUUUAAAGAAAAUAAUAGACUACAGUGUUCAACUAGGGAUUUAAAAGCCACUGAUAAGCUUUUCUCAUAAUCUUCAUGGAAAAAAAUUAAUUUAACUAUUGUGGUUUGAUCUGACUCUUUAUUGGUUCUUGCUUUAGUAACUUACAUCUCAGUGUUAACUCUCCUUUGUAACUUGAUCAGAUUAUCUGCUUUUUUUCUUAUCUAGAGCAUUUUCACAUUGUGAUCAUCAGGAUUCUCUAAUCUCCAGUACAUGUGAUUUAGCAAAAGCUCCGCAUCUCACUGAGCUUGCCAGUGUGGGAAGAAGAGGUUCUGUUUUUACACACAAUAUUGAUGUCAUUUGGCAAAAAUAAAUAGGAAAGAUUGAUAUUUCUCCUGAAGUACCUGACCUUUGGAGCAUCUACUGUCCAAGUUUAUCGACCUGGAAUUUUUUUUCUGUUGGUCUAACAUACCUUUGCCAGAGCAAAACAAGAUGACAAGUCAGAGUUAGUCAAGUCAAAUAUGAUUUUCCUCUGCUUGAACAUAAUGAUAUAAUGAGUUAUAUAUCAAUCUAUAACACUGCUUAACCUGAAAGAAUUUCUUUCUGAAUACCAGUUGGGCUAAAAGCAUGAAGGAACAGAUAGCAUGGUGGCUACAAAACAGCAGAGACUUGACAGAGAAGAAAAGAAACGCUUCCUCUUUCUGAUAUAUUUCCUGUAAAGUUGAAUAACUUUGGCAAUCUUAUCUUUUUUCCCUUAUCACCAGACCCAUCUUCAGUCUUUCUCAUGUUAGCCCCUGUAUUCCCUCCCCAAACCUUUUGCCCCCAUUGCCUGAAUCAAGCUGGUUGUCAUUGGAGAUGCAUGGACAUUACAUGAUACAUUUUAUUAGGUGUCAUGGCUACCCCUCACAGUGCUUAGUAGAGGUUCUCUGCAUACAGAAUGUUUCUCGUGAGCCAUCAACUAGCACUGUCUGCUGAUUACCACGUUUGUUUAGCAACUCUUAGCAUAGUGGAAGUCAGACUAAGUAUUGGGUACAGAGCCCUUAGAUUAACUUUAAGUACAGAGGUAGAAAAUUUUAGACUAAACUUUUCUUUAAAAAGAAACAAACAAAAACCCCAUGACAAUUGUAAUCUUUGCUGGAUCUUUUGAGUUCCAUGGAGCCUCUCUUGUCUUUCUUGGGUUGAUCCUUCAGCAUCAGGGUUGGUGAGAGACUACAAAUAAAUUUACAACUAAUUUCACCAUUCUCAGACUGCAAAUAAACAAAUUACAUCAUUUUCCAGUUUUGUUAGCUCUAAUUGCCACCAUUGUAGGGAGUGUUGUAACAUAAGAAUGAAAUAGAUCUGUAUCAAUUGUCCCUCGGUUUAGACUCUCUCAGGCAAAGUGCAGGAUUUUGAAUGUAUACUUCCCAGACAUGGACAAUUAUUUUGUAGAAUACAGCUGAGCCAAAAAAAAGACUCUUUAGAAGCCAUCAGUCUACACCCCUCCUUCUGUCAUUCUCUCUGAUCUUGCCCUCUAAGGCUUCAUAGAUCAAAGACAUCUAUAUAGUCUAGAUUUCUUAUUACAUCUACUAGCCAUCCAGGCCUCUAUUCACCCCAGUUCUGGGACAUGAAGAAUUUAAAAGAUUAACCUAUAGCAGAGUACAUGUGAGAGAUUCUCAAAGCACAGAGCAACAGGACCUGUAGAACUUCAAACAUCCAAGAAAAGUAUAUGUCAGCCACAGCUGAGGUAAAUUAUCAUAUCCUUCCUCACAAACAAAUAGGAAUUUUUUAACAUUAUGAUUCCCAGUCACAUCAUGCCUCUUUCACACACCUGUUAGUCACCUCUCUGACAAUUAUUUGUGCUUUGAACCUGUUUCUGAAGUAAGUCAUUGUGUCUGUGUUGGCACAGAAUUUUCAAACCUUUAUAAGCCAAAAUAACCCCAUUUUCCAUUUUGUGGUUUGAAUCUUUUAGUCUUGUAUAACAAGAAUAAUGUUAAUGCUUUGGGAGUCGUAUGUUAUUGAUCAUCUCAUUUUUGCUCAGUUUUAAAACCCCCAUAAAAUCUACUUAUUGCCUGGUAUGCUCUUCUGCCAUGAAGGUUCUCUUUUAAUAUAAUGUGCCAGUGGUGAGGUAGGAGGAGGGCAUCACACAGAAUUAAUUUAUAUUUUGGUAUAAAUGUCCUCAGCUUUUUCCAGAUUUUUUUUUUUAUAUUUAGUUUUUAUAUAUAGUUUAGUUUUUCUUCAUUAUGGGAUUGCUGCUUAAUUGAAUUCUGGUUAUUCAUGUAUGAUUUUUGUCAACCCUGCUCUGAGUUUUUAGCUUGUUUCCCGAUGGAAAUAACUAAAAGCAUAGUUGAGCUGCCAAGAUGUACCAUUAAAAAGUGUGUCACUUCAGGAUGAUGGGAUAUAUACAGUUACUCUGAACUUUAUAGCAUACAUGUAUGUUUUAUCUGUGACUGAGAUAAAACAGGACUGACCAGAUAUUCUCUUGUCUCCUGUCAGACUAUAAGAGUUUUGUUGAUAUAUUUCUAUGCUAAUAGCAUUCGUUUAUAUUCUCAUUAUAGAGACAUUGUUUCUAUUUAGCACUUAAAUGGACUUUGACAUUAAAAAUGAUAAACUCCACCCUCAGAUUUUCCCUAUUCUUUUUCAUUUCCUCUGUUUUCUCCUAAUGCUAGCUUCAGUUUAGACUAGCGUCAAGCUCAUGUGGUGCUCAGCAGAGUCACCUUUAAAGUUUCCUUUUUUAAUUAAGUGUCUCUUUCUUCCAAAUAUAUUAAAAACACUUUUAUUCCCAGAAAUGUCUGGCAUCAAACCAAACCAUAUUUUCAGCAAAAGUAGGCUGUAUUUGUAAAACUGAUUUCUCUGGGAAAAUGAGUUUUUGAAUUGAGCAAAAAUUGCUCAGCUCUGUGUUCCAAACCAUUGUCAAGCAAUCCUACAAACAAGCUCCUGAAAGAUCAGUUUAGACUUUCUUUAAUUUAAAAAGCAACAAAAAUAUAAUUUUGUCUUUCUCUAGCAAAGGAAACUAGUGUACCACUGAAAUAAGCAAGUAUUUUUAUUUUUCCAUGGAGGGACAUUUGAUAAUGCAGAGGCACAGUUUCCCAUUUCAUGAGACUUCAUUUAAGAAGUUCCUUUUGACAAUGAAGCAAUGUGGUAAAAAGCAAAGAAAAUUAAAUUUGUUUUCUUCGAGGAAUUUGAAGUGUGUACUUUUUAUUUUUAUGUUAUCUUCUGCAAAAGUGACAUGUUCAGUUUGAACUAUAACAAAACAAGUGAAUCCAAGGCCGAUGUGAGACGUUUAGCAGAGAGGUGAAAUUAGCCUUUUUCAUGUAGAGGUAACUUGGUGCUUCAGUGCAGUUGGCUUCCUCUGGAGCUCCAUUUAUUUCUCUUUCUUUAGAAAUCAAUUCUGCAGGUUUGUCCUGACUACAACUCCCACUGGAGUUCAGUGCUUAUUAGUGCUGUGUAAAAUUCUAAUGCAAUUAAUGUAUCUUCACCUUAAUGUAUUUUGAUUAUUAUAACAUUAAAUUCGAGAAUUUUCUGUAUGGUAUCUGCCUUGAUAAGAUGGUAGUUUCUUCUGAUAGAAGAAGAAGGGGAAAGGUCAUGAUUAAGGCACUACUUGACUUGUGGGAUGAUUGUCAUAUAAUUGUGGUUGAGUUGUGGACAAGACAUGGGAAAUUGCGGAAAAGUAAUAAUGGACCUGUAUUAUUUGUGGUAAUUUGGAAAACCUGCUCCCUCUAUGAUCCAGGCAUGGGAUUGACAGUGGAAGCUCCCACUGUCAGCCACCUGGCUAAUGGAUGGGGCUCCCAGUGUCAGCCGUAGGUGGGACUGAGGGAUGGGGCUCCCACUGUCAGCCACUCUUCUGACGGCCGAGGCUCCUGCUGUCAGCCAUGCAUGGGGCUGAGGGCCAGGGCUCCCGCUGUCAGCGCUCAUCUGAUGGCCAGGUUCCACUGUCAGACCCGCACAUGGCUAGGCUCCUGCUGUCAGCUGUCAUACUGACAAAAUUGCAGUGGAAGCCUAAUAUUGCAGAAUCCACAAUUUCUGCAAUAUCGCAAGUUAAGUAGGGCCUUAGUCAUGAUGUUGGUAAUUCAAUACUGUAGGUAUAUGAAACUGAUUUUUCAGGAUUUCUUCAAUUGACAAAAUAUGAAGUUUUACUAUCUACAGCUCAUUUAACAAUAUUAUGCAUAGCCAGAGUCAAUGAAGAGACUAGAAGGUAAAGUUACUAGAGUUUAUUAUUGCAUUGUUAGAUAGAGCUACUAGUUCUGUUUGACCAAAAUGUAUGGUAUGCCCACUUUAGAAUAUGGAAUCAGAGACUAGACUAACUCAGUUAUUGAGCUUUUCUGGCAAAUGGGACUUUUGUAAUUAUUUUCCUUUUAGGAAGUAUUUGUUGUCUUUAUAUAAGUUUUGCAAGGUGCUCUGAUACCAUUGGGGUAAAAAUACACUUUUAGGUAGAUAUAGUAGUGAUUGUGGUAGCCUUUGGGAAACAUCAAAGCCAAUAAAAACAACAGUCUUGUGCAUUCAUGAAGUCAAAUUAGCUGCGAUGGUGCAAGGACAUAUUUUAGAAAUAUUAAUUUACAGGUUCCAGAGUCUAGGGCCUGAUUACCCACUGCCUCCCAAUUGUGUAUCUUUUAAUGAUUUAUUUAAGCUACAGUCUUGAUCUUGUAGGUUAAUUGAUUGCCUGCUCAUUUGAGUUAACUAAUAGAAUUGUAAAGUGCAGUGGUGGUGUAGCCAUGGUAGUCCUGGGAUAUUAGAGAGACAAGAUGAAUGCGGUAAUAUCUUUUACUGGACCAACUUCUGUUGGUGAAAGAGACAAGUUUUUGAGCUACACAGAGCUCUACGUGAAGAAGAGUGCUGUGAAGCUCGAAAGCUUGUCUCUUUCACCAACAGAAGUUGGUCCAGUAAAAGAUAUUACCUCACCCACUUUGUCUAGACAAUUGUAAAAGUUAAUCUAGACACUCCAAAAACCUGUGUUCUAAGAGACAAAUGCUUGUUUCUGGUCCUGAUCUCUGUGUAUCCUAAAGUGGGGGGGAUGGACACAAUAGACAAGCAUUAAAAUUUUGUUAGUGAACUUAGGCUAAUAAGUAAAUUGAUGAACGUGAAUUACAACAGGAUCAGGUACUCUGGUCUAGACGAGGCCUUGCACCUGUGCAAGUGGGCAUAAAAUGAUACUAUUGUGAUUUGAUAGCAUAUUACACCCUUUUUAUGGUCACUUAAAACUGAUGUACACAAGGUGUGAAACAAUGAACAUUCAGUCCCGGGGUGUUCAUGCUGUGCCCAGUUGAGGGAUGUUUGUAAUUUGGCUGUAAGUAACAUGCAUAAAAUAGGUCAAAUUGCAUAUAUCCAUCUUCAAGACAAUAGUGCAGUCCACAGAGACUGCAGGUCCCACUUGGCUCCCUUGUAUGCUGUGACCUGUUGUGUCCCUGGAGUGAACAUCCAUAUUAAAAAUUUGGGUGUUUGUGGAAGUGUGCAGGCUGUACUUUAGCCAGCUCUCCUACACAUGAUUUUUGUGAGUGCCAUUUGGAAAUCCACAAGCACUCAUUAGAAAGCUUUGACUGAUGAGAGUAGGAGCUGUUCCCACAUCUCACGGCAAAAUUGGGUCCUUUGUUUUAGAUUUAAGAUCCUUCAGUAGCAGUUUAAACUUUUGAAAUUGCCAUGUAGCUUAUCUUAGACAAAGGAAAUCCAAGAUUGCAACUGUGAUAAAUGGCAUUCUCAUGGGGGAAACUGAAAAUUCCUGCCAUUUUCCCAUAGGAUGGCUACAAUUUACAGCUGAUGGAAGUUCAGUUACACAUCACUUAUGUUUAGUUACUCAUGCAUUUUAUUACUGUAACAUAUAUGAAUGGUGGCAGUAACUGCAUAACAAACCUUACUCAGAGUAAUAAUACCCUGCUGGCAUUAGUCAUUAUUAGCAAAAACAGAGAAUUAUCUCUUCCCCCACCUCCUCACCCCCAGUCUAAUAGAAUGAUAAUUAUAAUUUUUUUCAGAGCAUUGAGCUGUAUCCCUUACACAAGUGUGCUGGGAAUUGCAGUUCAGACUGCAUCAGGUAAACCACUAAAAUCCUAAUAUAGGGAGUAAACAGGAGCUCCCCCGCACUGUUACUACAGGCCCUGAACUGUAGUAGAGGCAAUGGAAGUGCUGUGGGAUUGCGUUGUUGGUACAAUAUAUAAACUAACAAUGUAUCCCCAGAACUUUUACUAGAACUAUUUCCUUAUUGAUCACCUCAGCCCAUCCAUUAUUUGUGUGCAAUCCCAGUGAAUCAAACCCCAGUUAACAGAAGGUAAGCUUGUUUCCCAGGAUUUUCAGUGCUGUCCAGUGAGUAAUGAAAGCUUGCAGAAACAUCAACAACACUCUAUGGUAUGUUUCUGUGAGGGUUCUGGGGCAUAUACAGAACUGACUUAAAUAUCCUAUCAAACAAAAUGCUGUUUAUCUGAAGGUGUCAAAUGUCUCCUGAAACCUUUGGAUAAGUGGGGUUGUACUGUACUUAUUCAGACCAGUGCCUACACCUUGAGGCCAUGUGCUAUGUAAUCUGAUGCUAUAACAAUUAUUGCAGUUUCCCCCUGAACAAACACUAGUAAACUUACACACCUACAAGGAAAUGCAGUAGUUAUUUUUCUUGGUAAUAUUUUGAGACUACACAAAUACCUGUAGUCUCUGUGUGAUGCAGGUGAUUUAUGAUAAAUACCUAGCAUGUACAUACCUUUAUGUGUAUAGAUAGAUGGUAUAAAGAGUUCCCCUUCAAUUAAUAUUCUCCUUUUAUGAAAACAUUUUGAUAUUGUGCUUCCCUUGAAGUACAGUCAGCCGCUAGAACUGUUGUCUGGCACCUUCUACAUAUGUUUAUUGCUCUUUGUUUAAUUCAGCUGCUAAAUUCGUCACAGGAAUUUCUCAUAGGAAUUUGACACGUAGAAACUACACUUUCAGAGGAAUCACAAAUGGCUUCAUUACUAUGGUGUUGAAGCAGGUUCCUUCUGCUUUCUACUUUUUGGGACGAUGUGGUGCAAGAGGAAAAUAUAGAUGUGACCUGGAAAAAAUAGGAUUAUUAUUAAAAGUGGGCAGAGAUGCAGCCUAGGGUGCAAAGGGAGCUUCCAGUAACAGAGUAAAGCUAGAUGCUGGUAGGAGGACUCAGAAAUCCAAAACUUGGUAAUCUGAUACAGAGAGUUGAUAAAAUUCUGCUUUGACAUUUGUGUUUGUCCACUUGUACUCAUUAUAUAACAAAGACUUUAUUAACAUUUCCUAAUUUGGGACUAUUGUACAGAUAAAAUGCAAUUUAUAGGCAUUAGAAGGUAAACAUUUUAAAUGUUACGAAGAGAUACUAUAUCACAAGAGUAUGGGGUUUAACCUGGUUAAGAGUUAAUCUUAUAUUAGAGAGUGCUCUCAUAAUGAGCCAUCUGAUGAUGAGAUUGUAGUCUAGUUGCAGACAUGCACAUAUAUACUUUCUAUAGCUUAGAAAGUGUAUGUAGAUGUUUCAUAAGUCCAUGUCACCACAAUCCUGAAAUUCAUUUCAGAGUCUGGUUUUUACAUAUAUUCUUGUUCAUAUUCUUUUCUUUUAAUUUCAAGAAUCUUAUUAUCAAGAUUUUGUUGCAGAAAGGAUUGUAACAAAAGUGAACAUAAAGCCAUGGAGAAUACACUGUAAGGAACAAUGCAGAAAUAGUUUCUAGGGAAAAGGUUCAGUGGGGAUGCCCCAGGCCUACCAGCUCCUCUUUUUUUCUCUACUCACUGCUCCUGUUCGUUUUCUCGUUUCUGCACCUAACAUAUAUUUUUCUGGAUGAUGAACUAAAGGGACUUAGCUUUUCACCUCUCUGCCCCAUACCUGAGUAAAGUAUACAAAUCCCAAUUCAUUAGAAUCCAAACUUAGAAUGGUGGUUUUGUGCAUCCUUCCUUUGCCAUCUUUCCCCCAUUACCAGAUUUCUUGAGAAUAGGCUUCCAUAGCUUGGUUCUAAACUACCUCACACCCUGUUGUGAACAGAGAUGCGCUGAAGCUAAAAUACUUGCUCUGUGAUGGAGCUGUUGGGUGCUCUUAAAAUGCCCAUAUAGAUGUAGCUAUACGAGCCUAACAUGCAGUGAUUUCAUUUUUGGGAAUACUGCCCCCAGAAAGAGGUAUUUACUGGAUGAACUCAGAGCCACACCCAUUCAGUCCCAUACUUGUCCCUCAUUCCAAGUGGAACCUUUAAGGACAUCGCUUCUGACAAUGGAACAUGCAAAGCAAAACACUUGCCAUAUCAAAUCUCCUCUCUGUGUUUGAAGGAACAUGACAUUUUCUAUUGUAGCCCAUCUUUAACUGUAAAACCCUUAUAAAAAUUGCUGCAUCAGCCCUUGAUGUCUGGCUGUGAGAAGGAGCUGUGCAAUUGUGGUGAUCUGUGCUGAUCAUGUAAGAGUAAUUCCAUCCACAGCAUGCUUUGAUGACCUUGGUGACAUUUUAUACUGCAAUUUAUGUGCAUUGCUAACCAUUUUGACUAAUUAGAUUUGAGGUAGAGCCCCAGUCCCAGAUUGUACUGCAGUUUAUGCAAUCAAUAACUUUGGGAAUCGUCUGGUCUUGUAAGUUAUGCAUUGAUCAAGGCAGCAAACUUCUUUAGUACUGAUUUCCUUGCUUCUUUGGGAACUCUUCACCAGCAGAUAUGUACGUUACCAAACAAACAUUUUGUAACGUGGAAUUUUCUGUGAACAUUUACAUCCUUGUUCUUUGUCUCCCAGAAAGUGUGUGUAUUAGUAAUGAAGGAGUUUAGAAUUGUAAAACUGGUAUAAGACAAUCCAAGCAUGCUCCAGAAUGUCUUGUAUUGAAAGAGGAUGAAAAAGCUGAUUACCUGAGGAUUUUGGAGAGCUAGCUCUGGAUUUCUUUCUUUUUUUUUUUUUUAAGAGUUUCAAAGAGGAGCAAAACUUCUCAGAGUGAAUGCCAGACCAGACAAUGCUCAAAGCAAAUGUAAAGUUGAAACUGUUAUGCUUUGUAUUUAUUUUUUAGUUUGUUUCCUUUAAAAUAUAUAUGUUAAACAAGAAAAAAUAUAUAUAUUUACAGUGUUGAAAACUAGAAGUGCACCUCUACAAGGUGAUGUGAAUGUGAUUUUAGGAAUAAAGUGAUCUUUUGUGCUUAA